UUCUUCUCAUUUCUAAGUUCUUUAACACAUUAUCCGCAAACGUAUUUUCAUAAUCACGAAUUCAAAAAAUUAAAGCGAAGAAAUCUCGAUUUCGAAAAAAGGAAAAUAAAGCAAGGAAUCACCAACAGCAGCUCGAAUUCGUCUCAAUCGCCUGAAGGAAAAAAAAUAUUAAUCAGAAAAAGUAUCUGCAUCUGUGCCACUAGCGAUCGAAGAUCGGAAAAAGAUGGCGUUGAAUAUCACUAGCCAGAUCGCGACGAUGGCUGGAUCAACGGUUUCAGGAGAGUCUGGAUCAGGUUCGUCGUCGGCAAUGUGGAAAUCUCCAAGAUGCCGGAUUCCGAGGCCAGAGUCCGUUGAGAGCGGAGUAUCGCCGCCGCGGAGUCCGUGUAGGUCUAGGCAAUUGAGUCCUUGCCGAUCUCCACCGCGGAGUCCACACAGGUCGCCGGUAUAUGGCGGAAUGCGGGGGGAUCUGUCGGUGGCGUGUCAGGCGUUUGCGACAGAUUUAGAGCUGGCUCCGCCGGCUGUGGUGGAGGGGGAUUCUUCCUCUUCUGUGAGUGAAUACAGAGAAGUACGCGGUGCGCAUGAUAAGGGGAGUGGGGUGCCGGUUUACGUGAUGAUGCCAUUAGACAGCAUCACGAUGAAUCACACAGUGAAUCGAAAGAAGGCGAUUAAUGCGAGUCUUCAAGCGUUGAAGAGUGCAGGUGUUGAGGGAAUCAUGAUGGAUGUGUGGUGGGGCCUGGUCGAGGGAGACUCACCGGGCUCGUACAACUGGGGCGGUUACAACGAGCUAAUCGAGAUGGCCAAGAAGCAUGGGCUUAAGGUUCAAGCUGUUAUGUCUUUCCAUCAGUGUGGUGGUAACGUAGGCGACUCUUGCAACAUUCCUUUACCCAAGUGGGUGGUGGAGGAGAUUGACAAGGACCAGGACCUUGCUUAUACUGAUCAAUGGGGAAAGAGGAACUACGAGUACGUUUCACUUGGAUGUGAUACCAUCCCAGUUCUUAAGGGUCGCACUCCUGUUCAAUGUUACGCUGAUUUCAUGCGUUCAUUUAGGGACAACUUCAAACACCUUCUUGGUGACACCAUUGUGGAAAUUCAAGUGGGAAUGGGUCCAGCUGGUGAGCUUCGUUACCCUUCAUAUCCAGAAGAGAAUGGAACUUGGCGUUUUCCUGGAAUUGGAGCUUUCCAGUGCUUUGACAAGUACAUGAUCAGCAGUUUGAAAGCAGCAGCGGAAGCAAAUGGUAAGCCGGAAUGGGGUAGCACAGGUCCCACUGAUGCUGGUCACUACAAUAACUGGCCUGAAGAUGCCCCCUUUUUUAAAAAGGAAGGUGGAGGUUGGAACGCUACUUAUGGUGAAUUCUUCCUCACUUGGUAUUCCCAGUUGCUGAUCGACCAUGGGGAGAGAAUUGUCUCCGCAGCCAAGUCUAUUUUUGAGGACACUGGUGCGAAGAUCUCAGUGAAGAUUGCUGGAAUUCACUGGCACUAUGGCACCAGAUCCCAUGCCCCUGAGCUCACAGCAGGUUACUACAACACCCGUUUCAGAGAUGGUUACCUCCCCAUUGCCCAGAUGUUAGCUCGACACGGUGCCAUAUUCAACUUCACUUGCAUUGAGAUGCGGGAUCACGAGCAGCCUCAGGACGCCCUUUGCGCACCAGAGAAGCUUGUGAAGCAAGUUGCCCUGGCCACACAGAAGGCACAGGUUCCUCUUGCUGGCGAAAACGCACUGCCCCGUUACGAUGAUUAUGCUCACGAGCAGAUCUUACAGGCAGCGUCGUUUAACUUUGAAGGUAGCAACGGAGAAGGAGAGAUGUGUGCAUUCACUUACUUGAGGAUGAAUCCUCAACUGUUUCAGGCCGAUAACUGGAGAAGUUUUGUGUCAUUCGUGAAGAAGAUGAAAGAAGGAAAAGGUUCCAAUAAGUGUUGGGAGCAAUUGGAACGGGAAGCAGAGCAUUUUGUACAUGUUACUGAGCCUUUGGUGCAAGAAGCUGCUGUUGCUCUUAUGCACUGAGAACAUAUAACAAAACCUAUACAUUUAGGAGUAUAAGCCUUGUUUGGAUAGACAAACAAGGACUUGUAUAAUAAUUGCAAACCAAAAAGUUUACUGGUUUUCAUUCCACGCUCCUUUUUCUUAUGCUGUGGAUUGAAAUGGGUUUUGGAUAUGCUCUGUAAUCUCAAGUCUCAACUCUAGAACCCUAUGAAUUCUGAUGUAUACCAUAUUCGAUAAUGAAAUAUUUUAUACUAUAGCCUUGUGCAA